AUGCUCUGCAGCUCUAGUGCCAGUAGAGUCAUCUAUCAACCCAACGAAUCGCUCACUCGUCAGAAUCCCAAUGGACUAUGGUCCUUCGGCUUUGUACAGCCUGACAAUCAUCUUUCAUUUGAGUUGUACAAAGACUAUAUACCAAGCGUCUAUGGCCGCUUUCCAUAUUAUGAUGCAUUCCCAGGGAUGGCUGGUGUGGCAGCUUAUGGCAAUGUUUUUUCGAGCGAAUUUAACCGUAUGGGUGUUGUUUUUCACAAUACGAACAAGGAUAAAUUCGCCAAAUAUGGCUUAGACGAAUACAACUUGGCGCCGGGUCAACUUCUCUUUCAUCCAGGUCCGAAUAAUACUAGAGCAUGCAUUCGCUUCACUGUUCCAUCAGCAGAUACUUACCAUAUUGAUGCUGUUUUCUUCACCACAGCUGGACCAGAAAUUCCAGGACCUUCAACGGAUAUUCAUCUUUCCGUCAACAACGUCGAGUUACGUUCGCUAUGGCUCAAACGAAACAUCGGCCGAUUCGCGUUCGAUAAUAUUUACUUGAACGAAGGCGACUAUCUACAAUUCGAAAUUGGAUAUGGAGAGGACAAGAACUACCUUUACGACGGCGUUCAGUUGAAUAUAACAAUCACAGCGGAUACUAAUUAG